GUCGGCGAUAAAUUAAUGACAUUAACGAGAUUACAAAGAGAUUCACGAGUUAAACUCGACAACUUACUCAUUCCGUAUCUCUCCGGGAUUUAUAAGAACGACGUUACUCGAGGGAGACAUAGUCUCAUCGCGAUCGCCAUGAAGCUCAUUUACAUAGUCUUUACGCUCGUUGCUCUGGUUUCCGCGGAAACUCCGGAUGUCCCGAACAACAUCCUGCCCGAGGACUUGAGAACGUACGUUAACGUACGUAAAGCCCUGGAAGACUUGAUCCCAUGGCUCUCGCAGCGCAUCAUCGAGAACAACCUGGACCCGUAUUCACUCGACAAUAUUCAGAGAGAAUUUUGGGUGCCGUUCCCGGGCAUCCCGCUAAUCUCGUACAAAGCCAACCUCAUUCUGCACUCGGGAGAACUCAAAGGUUUAUCUCAGCUGAGGUUCACCGACGCUACCUUGACUUACGAGAACAGGAUGAUCACGCUGGCGAUCGACACCGAAUUCCCAUUGUUUGCGAUAGCGUACAAGUACGACCUGAAAUUGCGGAUCCUCCAUCCCGAAGGUAUGGCCACGGCCGAUGCUAAGCAAGUACGCGCCAGUACCAUCGUCUCGUUCAACACGACGGAUUACAUGCUGACUCUCGACAAGUUCCGAUUGCAGCCUUUCGACUUCGAGAACGUGAUUAUUCAAGAUAAGACCGGAUGGAGACAUUUCGUACUCUCUCUGAUCGCCGACAUUUUCGCUACACUCAAUAAGAACAAAAUUGCGCAAACGUUGGAGACGAGGGUGACGGAAAUAAUCGGACAAUACGUGAGCGAAAUAAAUCGUAAUACGUCACCCGAAAUGAAGUUUCGAUUCUUCCAGGAUAUAUUAUUCGGGCACUAUUGAUUGCUGCAACAGACAUUGCACACGCCGAUCGUUUGAGCGCCAACGAGCGAUAUCACGUCUCUUUGUUUGACAUUUGAGAAAAAUAUUAAGGAACACUAUCGCGCUCCUCGUGCUUCAUAUCGAAGAUCUCGGACAAGCGUUAUCGCGU